AUGAAAGCGAAGAAUGCCACACUUCUAGCACAACUCGAGAUGUACAAACAACAAGCUAAUCAAAGGAAUGCUCAACUUGCGGUAGUUCAAAUGGGUUGCGAGACUUGUGAUAGGCACGAUCAUUCGGGAAUGGAUUGCCCCGUUCUACAUCAAAACUCAGAUGAGCAAGUCAACUAUGUCAAUGGGAAAAGGCAAGGCAAUGACCCAUAUUCCAACACCUACAAUCCUGGGUGGAGGAAUCAUCCUAACUUUGCGUGGAGGGACAAUUCGGGUCAAGCCAAUGCCAACCCAAACAUGGGAGGAGCAAAAUUUCAAGGAGGAAACCGUGGUCAACCAAACCAAGGCAACUUCAACAACUACCGACCACAACACCCGCCCGGUUUUCAACAAAAUCGGAAUGCGGAUGAAGGGAGCAAAAUCGACAAGUUUAUUGAGGAAGUUAGAGCCGGUUUCAAAAACCAAGCUUCCGUCAAUCACCAUCUCGAGACACAAAUUUCUCAACUUGCCAUCUCGCUUCAAAAUAGAGUUCAAGGCGGUCUGCCUUUUACAACGGAAUCAAAUCCGAGGGAGCAAGUAAAAGCCAUUGAACUCCGAAGCGGGAAAGAACUUGAUGAUCCACAUGCAAGCAAAGAGAAAGUUAUUGAUCUAACAACGGAUAUGAAUGAGGAGGAAGUAACUGAACUUUCAUAUGUUAAACCGCCAAUUCCUCCUCCAUUCGUGCCAAAGGUCCCCUUUCCGGGACGAUUGAAGAAGACGCCAGACAACCAAAAAUUCCAUAAAUUUCUGGAAAUUUUCAAGAAACUCCAAAUCAACAUAAGCUUUGCGGAUGCUUUGCGUGAGAUGCCUCAAUACACAAAAUUUCUCAAAGAAAUCAUAACGAAGAAACGGAGCUGGGACGACAAAGGCACAAUUUCUCUAAUGGAAAAUUGUAGCUCACUCAUCCUUAGUGACUUGCCCAACAAGCUUAAGGACCCAGGGAGGAUAUUUUUGGUGAUCAAACAAUGA